AUUACAGGUAAAUCUACCUGGCACAUAUUCAGUUUCACAAAUCAGAUUAGCAGCUUCAUGGCUCUCCAAGCAGCCUCAUUACUCCCAGCUACCAUCACUAUCCACAAAGAAGCCAAAUCCAGUGCUUCUCUUAAGGAGACAAGUGUAUUCGGUGUUCCAUUCUCAACCCAUCUCAAGACUGAACUCCGCUCUCCUCUGGCAAUAGGUCAGGAACUUAGGAAAAAGGAAGUACCUGCCGGUAUAAUUCGAGCCCAAACAGCUGCUACAACUCCAGCAGUUGAUCAGGCUGCAUCGCAAGGAAAGAAGACCUUGAGAAAAGGUACUGUGAUAAUAACCGGCGCCUCCUCUGGCUUGGGCCUAGCCACAGCCACGUCUCUCGCUGAAACAGGGAGAUGGCACGUAAUUAUGGCAUGUAGAAAUUUUCUCAAGGCUGAGAAAGCAGCCAAAUCGGUUGGCAUUGCUAAGGAGAACUAUGCCAUAAUGCAUCUCGACCUUGCCUCACUGGAUAGUGUGAGGCAAUUUGCGGAUAAUUUCCGUCGCUCCGGCAGGCCGCUCGAUGUCCUCGUUUGCAAUGCCGCUGUAUACUUACCUACAGCUAAGGAACCAACUUAUACCGCUGAAGGAUUUGAACUCAGUGUAGGAACAAACCAUCUUGGUCACUUCCUCCUCGCAAGGCUACUCUUAGAUGACCUGAAGCAGUCAGACUACCCAUCAAAACGUCUCAUUAUUGUCGGUUCCAUCACAGGGAACACAAACACCUUGGCUGGAAAUGUUCCCCCAAAGGCUAACCUUGGAGAUCUUAGAGGUCUUGUUGGAGGUUUGAAUGGACUAGAGAGUUCGCCCAUGAUAGAUGGAGGAGACUUUGAUGGUGCAAAGGCAUAUAAAGACAGCAAAGUUUGUAAUAUGCUCAUUAUGCAAGAGUUGCACAGGCGCUACCAUGAGGAAACAGGUAUCACCUUUGCCUCUCUUUAUCCUGGUUGCAUCGCAACAACGGGUCUGUUCAGGGAGCACAUUCCCUUGUUCAGGCUUCUCUUUCCACCAUUUCAGAAGUACAUUACCAGAGGCUAUGUUUCAGAAGAGGAAGCUGGGAAUAGACUAGCACAGGUUGUGAGUGAUCCAAGUCUGACAAAAUCAGGUGUUUACUGGAGCUGGAACAAGAACUCAGAUUCAUUCGAAAACCAGCUCUCUAAAGAGGCAAGUGAUGCAGAGAAGGCACAAAAACUGUGGGAGAUAAGCGAGAAGCUUGUUGGUUUGGCCUAAAUAGGCACCAAAACGACAACAGACAGCUAUAAAUAGAAUGUAAUGUUGUCACUCAAGUAAAUAAUGAAAGUUUUGUGCUUCAGAACACAAUAAAAACAUUUACCCGACAAUUCGCAUUCCAGAGAUCAUUCUUGAUACUUCAUAUUA